UACCAUAACUAUCAUAGAAACGCAGUCGUGGUUAAAGAGGGCUUUUGUUUCAGAUUCUUGGUGGUUUAACAUGCAAUUUGAUCGUGAUCGAAACCCUAGAAAAGAGGGCUUUUGUUUCGAUUGUUGCUGUUAAUCACUGUUAACAAUUUUCAGAAAUGGAUUUGUCGCCAAUUGCAACAUACACCCCUCGGAAAUCAAAGAAACGGGUUUUUCCGGGAAGUAGUUCAUCGUAUACGGAACCCGAUGUGAUCGAAAUUACUCCUUUGGCUGAUCAAUCUUCGAAAACGAAGGUUAGGGUUGCACAAAAGGAGGUUGUCUUUCAUGAAAUAAUUGAUGUUGACCUGGAUGAAGACGGUGAUGAUCUAUCGUUCCUUGGAGAAAAUGGUGAGUCUAACAAAAAGAUGAAGGGUAUUUCAUUGGGUUCCAGUAGUGCCUCAAAAUUAGAUGCGAAGAAAGUUGAGUCAACUAACAAGGGGAAGGAGAUUCCAAAUUCUUCCAAAAGCUUUAACCCAAAAUCAAACUAUUUUGAUUUAGACGAAUAUGUUUUUGACGAUGAUUAUUUGAAGUUGCAAUCCCUUUUUGAUAACGUUGAUCUCCCUACUGGAGUUGAAGCCCCCAUACCCUGGUUGCAAGAUUCCGUACAAAUGAAAAAGACGACCCCUGGAAAUCCGUUUGUAACUUCAAAUGCAGUAUCGGAGGCUAGUGGAAGUCGAUCGAACAGGGAAACCCCAUCAAGUUCAAGGUUGGCUGGAAGCUCAUCUAGAAUGACAAAGCCUGUUAAUGAUGAAGUUAUGAAAAUGUUACAAGGUUUCAAGAAGUUUGAUACUGUCAUGGACCAUUCGGAUCAUCAUUAUGCAACGACACAGCCACCCAAAAGAUGUGCUAAAAAGAUACAAGAAGAGUGGAGGAUUCUCGAGAAAGACUUGCCUGACACAAUAUUUGUUCGAGUUUAUGAAUCAAGGAUGGAUCUUUUAAGAGCUGUUAUUAUAGGAGCAGAGGGGACACCGUAUCAUGACGGUCUUUUCUUCUUCGAUGUGUGUUUUCCAACCAGCUACCCAAAGAAGCCGCCCCUUGUGCAUUAUCACUCUGGUGGUCUUCGGAUUAAUCCAAAUCUGUACAAUUGUGGUAAAGUUUGCUUGAGCCUUCUGAACACCUGGACCGGGGGCAAGCAGGAGAAGUGGGUCCCCGGCAAAUCAACGAUGCUCCAGGUUCUAGUCUCUAUACAGGGUCUUAUUUUGAACAUGAAGCCUUACUUUAACGAACCAGGGUUUGCACGUUCGAGUGGUUCUGUACAUGGAGAACAGGCUUCCUUACAUUACAACGAGAAUACGCUUAUUCUAUCACUCAAAACAAUGGUCUACACCAUGAAAAAACCACCCAAGAACUUUGAGGAUCUGGUGGUCGGGCAUUUUAGGAAUUGCGUAGUGGAUAUUUUAAUGGCGUGUAAAGCUUAUACAGAAGGUGUGCAAGUUGGGUGUCUUGUUAAAGGGGGUGUACAAGAUGUUGAUGAAGAUAACAGUAAAUGCUCACAACAGUUUAGGAAUGACGUGGCAUCGUAUAGUAAGACGCUUAUAGCUGAAUUUAUGAAGAUUGGAGCAAAAGAAGCUGAAGAAUUCCUUCAUUUAAGUAUAAAGAAUUAGUUUCCCCUAGAUGCUAAAUGAUAUUCACUGUUGAAUAUAAGGUGGGGUUUUUUUUGGACAGCAAUAGAAUGUGGUUUAACUGCAUAUUGUGGUAAAAUUUAUCUAUGCAAGAGGAGUUCCUUUA